CCAGUAUCGAUGGAUCGUUUGUGAUGAAGAAAUCAGUUGUGAAGUGAGCGUCGAUGAAAAAGUGUUGAAAUAGUCCAUUCUAUGGAAAAAGUAUUGAAAAUUUAUUAUCGGCAAGAGUGACUAAAGCAGUAUGACAAUUGCCCCCAAAUAUCGAUCCAUAUUAUCCUGUUUAUUUGUAGGAUUAAUCGCAAGUUCAAAAGCGCAAUGGAAUUCACCUCCCUUUGAGCAACCUGAUCCCCUCGACGAUGCUGUAAAAUUUUUGAGUUCUUCAAAUGUAAUAACAAACAUUCAACUGGAUGAGGAAGUUCAGCAUUCCGUUUGUAUAGCCCAACUUAACUAUGAAGGUUCAACAAAGCCCCAACUGGGUUCGUUCUCAAGUGGGCAAAGUUUUAUUCUCGGUGCAGAGUUCCAAAAGAAUGAUCUCACUAAUAAAUGGGGUCUCUACAUUACUAAAAAACAGGACUACGAAACCCCGGCAAUGCGUCAAUACAGAUUCGAAGUUGUCAUUGAAACUGUCAUCAAUGAUGUUGCCCUGAACAUCAUGAACAUUGACGACAAUCCUCCGGUGAUUCAGGCAGUGGAGCAAACCUGUGCCAUCGAAGAAAACUUCUCCGGCAGAUCAAACUGCUCCUUCCGCAUCAGUGAUGCAGAUGGUUGGAUAAACCAAACGGCAAUCACUUUUACAUCAACCCCAGAAUCCGGCUCCGAAAAUUUUAAAAUCACUCAUGAACUCAUCCCCAACAACAAUUACGAGAUGAAAGCUUAUUUAGACGUCGUGAAGUUUUUGGACUUUGAGAAGAUUACAACGUACACACUGCAAAUAACAGCUACAGACAGUGGCGAAAACCGAGGGACUUUAUUGAAUGUAGUUCAAGUGAUAGAUAUGCCUGACAUGCCCCCCGUGUGGAGUAGUCUAACGGCGUCACAAUCCAUAAUCGAGAAGACCCGUCACAACUUUUCUGUAUCAGCAAUCGACGGAGACAUUCAAAUAAACGCCGAGAUCAACUAUAAAAUAGAGCCUAAAGAACCACAUGAGAAGGAUCUAUUCUCAGUGGACACGAAAACUGGACACAUCAUAAUCAAUCCCAUAGAUCGGGACACCUUGGAGAAGGAGGUCUUCCGGUUUUCCAUAAUUGCUUAUGAAAAGGAAAACAUCACCUCGAAAAUUGAAGCUACGAUUGUGAUCAUCGUGGAAGAUCUGAACGAUCACUCUCCCGUUGUAACCCCCCAAGAACUGACGAUAGCCAUAGAAGAAGCAAAGUACAUGACCCUGAAUUUCCCCGCACCCAUCAUCAUCACUGAUCCAGAUCUCGCUGAAAACGGUCAAUACUCAGUCAGUUUAAUUGAUAAUUCCGAACACAACUGGAGUUCAGCUUUCAUGAUUGUUCCAAACAGUGGAUAUCAAUCAGAAACCUUCACCCUUUCAGUUCUGAACGCCUCAUUACUGGAUUAUGAGGAUGAAAAGUGGAGGAAUAUGGCGAUUGAAAUAAAAGCGGUGGAAGUUGCCAACAGAACGCACAUCGGUAGAAGGAUCGUCACCAUCAACUUGAUCAACUGGAACGACGAGUAUCCAAUCUUUGAGAAUGAUACUAUCAGCGUCGAUGUACUUGAGGAUGUGCAGAGGGGAUAUCCAAUUACGACCGUCCUAGCGACAGACAGAGAUGUCGAUGAUCGCGUUACUUACGAAUUGAUCUCUCAGAAAGGUCUAGUUGUCAAUGAAAGCACUGGAGAAGUUUCAACGGCAAUCGACGCUGCCUUCGAUUACGAGACGAUGCCAAUCGUUGUUGUCCAGGUGGUGGCAUCAGAUCUUGUGAAGCAUAAAGCCUAUGCGACAUUGACGAUUAAUGUGGUAGACGUCAAUGAUGUGCCACCGAAGCUCGUCAUACCGAAGCCGAACCCAUCGUUGAUAGAAGAAGAACCUGAAGGAACAGUUGUUGCAACUAUCAUUGAAGCGAGUGAUAUAGACACCAAUGCAGAAUUAAUAUUUAGCAUCGAUUGGAGCAAGACGACAGCUCAGAAAAAUGGAGUUCCAGUUAAUGAAAGCUUCUACCGUAAUCACUUGAUAAUAGAAGCAUCUUACCCUGAAGGACAUCGUCGUUCGGCGGAAGGAAAGAUCGUCGUUAAGGGAAGAAUUGAUUACGAAAAAUUCGAUGAAAUCUUUUUGAAUAUUGUUGUAACAGAUACAAAAACUGUCCAUAACGAUAAUUCAACUGCUGCUUCAUUAUCCCUGAAGAUCAUUGAUAUAAAUGAUAAUGCGCCUGUUUUUAACAAAGUUGAAGAGCUCAGAGUAACCGAGAAUGCGAUUACUGAUAUUCUGAUUGGUACUGUGACCGCUACAGAUGCUGAUGGACCUGAGUUCAAUCAAAUUUCUUACUCCAUCAAAGCUAUCAAUAAUACUGAGGAUGAUCUCAUCAGUAUUAACCCAAAAACUGGAACCAUCAGAGUUCAGUCUAAUGAAACAAUUGAUGCAGAGAAAUACGAAUAUAUUUACUAUGAAGUCAUUGCAUCUGAUGGCGAAAUGAAUACGGCUUUGACACUUCCGAUAUACGUCAUCGAUAUGAACGACGAAGUGCCUUAUCUCCUUGAGGAUAAAUUCAAUUCAACAAUUCACAUUCUCGAGAAAUCCGUGAGUGGAACGGAAGUUGUAACUAUUUAUGGAUCGGAUAAUGAUCGGACCAGUCCUUACAAUAACGUAUCGUACCUGAUUAACGAGAACUACCCUGCCCUUUUUCAAUAUUUCGAACUAAGUAAAUUUGAUGGUGUCCUUCGGGUGCAUUUGACUGACAAUUAUAUUUUGGAUCGCGAUUAUGGAGAGCCUCGCUACACUUUAAAUCUAAAACUGAGAGAUAAUUACCUGCAAACAGGAAUUACGUGGAAUACAAACGCGAUUGACAAAGCAAUUACAGUAAUUCUGGAUGACAUAAACGAUCAAAUUCCGAGGUUGCCGAAUCUUGGUGAUCCUGCAACCGAAGUCAACGAGAAUGAGAAACAGAACACGAGAAUUUUAACGAUUACAGCUGACGAUAAAGACGAUCCAGCAACAGUAAACACCAGAGUGUCUUACAAAAUUCUAAGCAAUUCCCUUGCAGACGGUAACACGGAAGUUGAAAAGAACUGCGAAAAUUUAUUCAGCUUGGAAACGGUGGAGUUGAAGAGCGCCACCAUAUCAGCUGGCCGCAACCUGAAAGGCUGUUAUGGCACGUGGAAACUUGAGGUGUACGCUCAGGAUCAUGGAACCUUCCCGGGGCCCUUGAACGACACGAGAAUUUACCACAUCAAAGUUACUGAUUACAACUACAAUGACCCAGCAAUAAAGUACCCACCAAAGGACACGCGUAUCCCCCUGGGCCUGGAUCAGACUCUUCAUACAAAGCUGAAAACUUACGACAAGCAGCCAUUGCCGGACUUUACUGCCACUGAUGAGGAUUUCGGUGCCAGUGGGACUGUAACAUUUUCAAUAUCAAGUCCUACUGGAGCUGACUACUUCGAAAUUAUCGAGACUGGAAAGAAUUCCGCUCAGUUGCAAUUGAAGCAGUGGCCUACAGAUAUUGAGGAGAAUGGUCGAUACACGAUAACUCUUAUCGCCAAGGACAAUGGCCAUCCACCACGUCAGGUCUCCCAGGACCACACCAUCAUCUUCGUGUCCUCCCGCGGACCGGAGUUUAAGGAGAAUGAGUGGGAUGUUUGGAUUAAAGAGAAUAAGACUGGUUUGGCCUUCUGGGCAAUUAUUCCCGAAGCCGUUGACAACAUUGGCGAUGACGGAUCGAACAUUGUACCGACUUACUACUUCAUCGACAAUAAAGGUGGGGAUUACGAGUACUUCACUCUUGACAAAACCACGAGAAAUCUGACAGUAGCCCAGGAGUUAGAUCGGGAGAGCCAGGAGACGAUGAAUAUUCUAGUAAUCACGACAUCAGACAGUGAUGGACCUCCUCGAAAUCCUCGGCCCGAAGCUGUCCUUAAUAUCACAGUGUUCGUUCUCGAUGUGAAUGAUAAUCCUCCUGUCUUCAAACGUCAAUUCUACUCGGGUGGAGUUGCUGUCGAGGAUGCCCUUGAUAAAGUAAUUUUGACUGUUGAAGCAACAGAUGCUGAUCUCAAUGACACGGUGAGAUAUGCAUUGUUGGAAGACAGUUUAAAGACAUCAGACUCGUCGAUUGCUAGUGUGAAGAAUCCGUUUUUCUUGGACACCUCACAGGGUGAUGUUCUGCUGAAGUUUUCAGCGACCAGCAACAUGAUCGGAUUCUUCACAUUGGAUAUUGCUGCUUAUGACACGGCCGACCAUUCUGACAGAACAACAGCCCAAAUAUACAUCAUCUCUCAGAACAAUAGAGUCGUAUUCACAUUCCGAAACAACGCGGCUCUUGUCAGUUCGGAAAAAUUGUUCAUUGUCGACACAUUUUCAAGAACUUUUGGAUACAUUUGCAAUGUCGAUGAUAUCAAGAGCAGCAUUGAUGCUAACAAUCAUGUGAUGGAUAAUGUGACAACAUUGACGACUCACUUUAUCAACUCCAAGGACAAUCUCCCUAUUGAUGCAGAAAGUGUUAUUUUGGCAUCGAGUGAUCUUCAGACGGUGACAAAUCUAAAAGCCAAUCUUCAGUCCCGGGGACUUUAUCUGAGUGACGUACCCACUGGAGGCUCUCCUCAGGAUUCCCAUGAUGAAGACAGGGCUUAUUGGGUUCUCCUAUCAUUGACCAUUAUUUUCGGCUUCAGCAGCGUCGCUGUGUUUGUGGUCUACUUCUUCAGAACGAGAACGUUGAUGCAGAGGCUGGAUAAAAUGGCGCUGGAUUGGAAAUCUGGGGAGAAUGAGUCUGGAAAUAAAAAAAAUGGAAUUGUUCCCACAACUAAUCAGUUUGCUACCGCAGGGUCGAAUCCUAUUUGGAAUAUUUCAAAGAAUUCUGAAGAUCUUCAUGACAAUAUCAGUCAACGAAGUGGUGACUCCGAUCUAAUCGGCAUCGAAGAAAAUCCCAACUUUGAAUGUAAAAAUACCGCAUUCGUGACAGACAGAGAUGUUCCGACAAAUCAAUUGGAGGACAGAGUGACGGUUCCCCAACGAUCGACAAUUUUUUCCUUCGAUCCAACGUACCAUAAUGGAAAGAGCCAUGAAGACAAGUGUUGAAAGUAAUAUGUGAUCUGUUAAUUGUUAAAUUAAAUUGCCUCUCCGUCGUAUA